AUGAAGACGACCUAUAAAAAGUCAGUGUCGGCUAGUAAAAGACGUCGUUCAAAAUCCACCUCCAAAAAAAGCAGAUCCAGAUCUUCUAGCCAAAGACGUGCUAGGACGACAAGAAGAUCUAAAAGUAAUAGAUCGAGAGGCAGGAAACGUAGAUCGACGUCCAGUAAGAAAAAACAAAGCAAGCGUUCGAAGACGGACGACCAAGAUUGCAUUAUGGUCACUUUCGGUGAAUCGACUUCUACUACAGGAGCUAACAAGAAGGACGAAAAGCAUACAAAGGCAAGGGAAACGGAAAACAAAACUCAGCAUUCUGACAACAAAACCAACACUGAGACACAACAAAACAAUUCCGAACAACACCGGUCAAAUGAACAUGCCAACAGCGGACAAACCAGCAACGAGACCAACAACAAUAACAUUUAA